AUGUCUUCGCGUGAUUACCAUGAGGGGGCAAAAGCGUUGCUUGAUUUGAAAAAAAAAGACGAUGUGAAGAAAGAAGGUGAAUUGAAUGCUGUUGAUGAUAAUAUUAUUGGUGAUGACCAAGAUGAUGCUAUUGGCGUGGUGGAUCAUGAUAAUGAAUCAGUGAAUAACAAGGAUGAUAACAACGUCGAAGCUGCAGUGAUGAGAUUUGUCGGUGGUACGUUAGAUAAUAGAAAGUCCAAUAAGAGAAAGAAGUCCUUCCCAACUAAUGAUGAGAUCAAUGAAUUUCAACAUUGGAACGCGUUUUUAGAGACUGAUCAAUUACAACAGAGUGAUGAUUUCGGACCUGAACCUACAAAAGAUCAACAACAACAACAACCACAGCCUAUUCAACCUAGUCCUGCUCAAUCAAGAUCAAGAAAGAGAAAGAAGGUUGAUCAACAUCAACAUCAACAAGCUCCACCUAAUUUGAAUGUUGAUCCAGAAUUAGCUCAACUUGAUGAUACUACUGAACAUGAACAAUUGGUUCGUGCUGCAAUUCUUGAUGCUAAUCAAUUAGCUCAAGAUGUCAAUGUCAACAUCCAAGAUUAUAUUCAACAUCCUAACGACGAUCCUGAAAAUAAAUAUACUCAAUUGUCUCAACAAGCAUUAGAUACUAAUAUAAUCCAAGCUGCUCAGGUAGCAGCAGCAGCUGCAGCUGCACAAGAACAACAUCAAUCACCUCAACCACAUCAUCAAACUCAACCACAACAGCAACAAAGUCAAGAUCAAGCACAACCUCAAGGUCAUGAAUCAACUCAAUUAGUAUCUCAUCAAGCUCAACAAGAACAUAGAAUUCAAGAACAAAAUCAAUCACAACAACAUGAUCAUCAUGAUCAAUCACAACAACAAGUUAAUACUCAAAAUAAUGGAUUAUCACAACAAACCUCACAACAUCAAUCAUCAAUCCCAUCAACACAACAACAAAACAUUCAAAACAUUCAAAACACUACACCACCUCCUUCAACUCAUUCAAAUUCAGAAGCUGCUGCUUUAGUUGCAGCUGCAGCUCAAAAGGCAUCAAAUUGGAUUCAAACUCAACAACAAGGUAAAAUGUUUUCAAAAGAAGAAAUUGAAGCUAUUGAUAAAUUUAUUGUUGAUUAUUGUACAAUUAAUAAUAUGACAAGAAAUGAUAUUUGUCAAAGAGUUUGGUCAAAUGAACGUAAAAAAGAUGAUUUUUGGGAAUCUUUACAUAAAGUUUUACCAUAUAGAACUCGUGCAUCAGUUUAUAAACAUGUUAGAAGAUCUUAUCAUAUUUUUGAAGUUCGUGGUAAAUGGACUCCAGAAGAAGAUAAAGUCUUAGGUAGAUUAGCUCAAGAAAGAGAUGGUCAAUGGAAAUUAAUUGGUCAAGAAAUGGGUAGAAUGCCAGAAGAUUGUAGAGAUAGAUGGAGAAAUUAUGUUAAAUGUGGUAAUAAUAGAGCUCAAAAUAAAUGGUCAGAAUCAGAGGAAAAUAAAUUGAAAACUGUUAUUUCAGAAAUUUUCACUGAACAAAAUGAUUCACCUGCUCCAAUAAUAAAUUGGACUUUAGUUUCAGAAAAAAUGGGAGGUACAAGAUCAAGAAUUCAAUGUAGAUAUAAAUGGAAUAAAAUUUUAAAAAGAGAUGCUUUAGCAAGAGCUCAAACUAUUGAUAUUAAUGAUAGAGUUUGGUUAUUAACAAAAUUACAAGAAUUAAGAUUUUUACCAGAAAGUGAAAUUGAUUGGGAUGCAUUAGCAACAAUUCAUCCAAAAAAUAUAUGGACAGGUCAUGAUUUUAAAAUUUGUUAUGAAAAAAUGAGAUCAUCAAUUAGAGAUUUCAAGAAAAAGACAGUUUUAGAAAUUACAGUUAUAUUAUUACAAGAUUUAGUUCAAGAUGCUAAUAGAAAUAAUGUUGAAUUAGAAUUACCUGUUGGUUUACAACAAUUAGCUGAUCAACAUCAACAUCAACAACAACAACAUAACCAAUCUCAAUCUUCACAAUCACAACCAUCACAAGAACAACCACUUCAAGCUAAACAAGAACAACAUGAAACUCAACAGGUACCGAAUGAUCCAAAUGAUUUAACAGAUCCAGAGAAAUCAAAUGAACCUGAAGAUCCAACAACUAGAGAUGAAACAACAAAUCUUGCCAAUGCAGCAGUUAAUGCUGUCGCUGAACAUGGUAAUAAUGAAACAAAUGAAGAUGAAGCUUUCAAUAUGUGGAGAACAUCAAGUUGA